CACCCCGUAAAUCCCGCAGCGGAUCACGUUGAAAACGUCAAAAAAUUCCUGUCUGUCAUGUCACCACAGGCUGUCAGUUUGUGCCCGUACUAAAUAAAAACUAAUUCGGCUGCUACUCGCUGCCAUGCACAAAAUCAAGACUUUCAGAUCUUGAAAUGCAGUGAUAAUCAAAUCAUCAAAAAAUUAAACCAUUUUGUUUCAAGUCCAAAUCCUAACAAACUGUUUUUGGCUCCAAAAUUUUCUCAUUCGGCAAAAGUACGGGCAGAACGUGACAGCGACUUCCAAACUGUUCAUAAGCUUUAUAAGCGACGCCAUAAGUCUUGCAAUCAAGAUAUAGGCAUUCAGUUGUGUCGACAGAAUCGCAACCAUGGAAAAUCUCACUGUGCUGUCCUUUCGGAAGUCGGAAGACAUCAAGCGUCUCGCGAGGCACUUCCAGAACGUCGUCAACCACCCGACAACGCAACAAAGCAAAGUCCUUCACACUUACCUAAGAAACCUAGACGCAACGCACAAAAAGAUUUAUUUACAGAAACGAGAUUAUGUCGAAGUCGAAUAUAUAUUUACGACUGAGAAGAAGAGUAAUCUGCAACGGCAGAGGUUUAACAGUCUACCUGUUAGCGAAGUUCCUGAAUUGUUGAAAGCUGAACUAUUUACUACUGAGGAUGCUAAACAGGUGCAUAUUUGCACCAACUGUAAUAUUGAGAUAGAACUGAAUGACGACGAGCCCCUCAUGGAGUCGCUGCAGAAGCAUUUCAGCUCCGACGCUCACCUGCCGAAGCUGAAGCGAGACAGCAUUGACGUGGCCGAACCUAUCAUUCUGCCGAAUAUGUCUCGACGCCUCUCCGCCAUGGGAGAAACUCCUCUGCCCAAAAUUAAAGAGUUGAGCAUCACUAAGCCAGUCGAGAGAUUAGAACGUAACUUCUCGGCUAAGCUCAACUCUGCAUUGAUGAAGCAUCUCCCUGACGCUUCGGAGGCAAGCGUCGACGCAGCACUCAAAUUCUACCAAGAAUUGUAUGACAAGUUAUGCUCCGAUGUCUCCGCUAUAGACUUCUCUACACAAACGUCUUCUGUAGCUCCUAUUAUAAUGAGCAUUAAGGAUAAUGUUUACCAGAACUUCGCCGCGGACGCGAACAAGAAUAUUGAUAACGAUGAAAACGAACAAACGGCUGAAAAACCGAAGAACCAAGUUAAGAAAUACCGUUAUUACGGUCCUAUUGAAGCUCUGAUUGUCAAGUUGCUUGUCAAUCACAAGUUGCUGUCAUUGAUCGAUGACAGAACUGGCAAGUUAGCAUUCUUUUGUAUUGCUUGCGAGUAUUAUACUCUACGAUUCCAUUAUGAUAGUGUAUUGAACCAUGUGUUCAGUGAAUCCCAUAUUCACAACCUCUCCUGUAUCCUGCAAUCCGAUAAAAGCAUUUCCUUCUCAAUGACUGAACCUUCUAUCGAGAAGAUCAAGGAGAUGAACGAGAAGUUCCUCCUGAGCCACGACAUCACCUUCACCCCCACCGGACUGCAGUGUCGCCUGUGCAACACGGCCAUCGACUCCGUCGAGGCGUCCAUCCUGCACAUCCUGGACGAGAGACAUCUCGCCAAGCUGUCGGACGAGCUGUACGUGCGCAUGAAGGAGUCCGACCCCGACCGCUCCAUCCCCGAGGAGUGGGGCCCCAAAGACUUGAACUGGACUAAGUACUUAGCUAGCGUCGGGAAACCGCAUAAUAGCCGUGACCAUGUCAUAAUAGAAAACUUUAUCAAGCCAUCUGGCAAGAUUGGCAACUACUGUACCUGCUGCGAUAUGACUUUGAAAGGUCCUAGACAGGUCCUUUUCAACCAUAUUCGUCAGAAAAAGCAUCUGAGGAACGCAGCCCCUCGGAAACUUGCCAUGCUCUACAAGAACCAUUGCCGUCCUUCCGAAUACUUUGCUAGUUUCGGCAACUUUUAUGUUUGCUCUAUUUGCCCGGACUUCGUGGCUGUCCCAUCUAUUUCGGCGAUGGUUGAGCAUUUUGAGGGCGCGUCCCACUUCGAGACGAUGUCUAAACUGAUCCGCUCCGCUUUAUAUAGCGAAGUUGAUAAAGAACUGUUGGCUGCGAACAAAGUGACUGCAGAGAAAUGCGAAGUCUGUGGGGUGACCUUCCAAGAUUGUAACGAAGCAGUGAAGCAUAUUUUGAGCAGCAUUGACCACCAGACCGCUGUAGCUGAGGCUAAAAUCAACGCGAACAAGGGAGACAUCAUCAGCGUGUAUAUGAAAGGGAACCAUAUUUUGCACAGCGAAGGGUCUACUUUCACUUGCGUUGGGUGCAAAGGAGUUUUUAACUCUAUCCGUUCGCUGCUUACACAUUUAGUGUACGCGGGGCAUUUUAAGGAGAAGCCGGCUGUUGAAAGCGUCUUCCGAUUUUACUUGGAGUUGAAACAUAACAUCAAUAUGUUGGCUAGGAACAAGUAUGUGUAUUACCAGUUCGGCAGACUGAAGUGUGGGGUUUGUGACGCGGAUGUGGAGGAAGGGGAGACUGCGAAGAAGCAUGUGGUGUCUACACGUCAUAGAGAAAACAUGGGGGCCAGUUAUGUUAGUUUAGAUACUUCUGCUCUUGAAUGAGGUAUCGCGUGUCUGCCGCCGAUUGUAAGAGUGACAAGUGGUGUAUUCUAUAAAUCAUGAUUAAGAAUAAGUUUCAAUGAGAAAUCAUUUUACAAUGAAAUUUUAAUAAAUGAAUUAAUUUUAUAAUUAUUAA